AUGGCUAUCUCUCACGAGUACUCCCUCAGAGGGACAUCACACAGUGCAAUGGCCCUUGAAGACCGAUUUGAGGUGAUCAAGGAAGUUGGUGAUGGCUCCUUUGGUAGCGUCGUGCUGGCCCGAGUACGAACUGCAGGGUCCAAUGUGGCGCGUCGUGGAACCAUGGUUGCUAUCAAAACAAUGAAAAAGACAUUCGAGUCGUUUGCUCCAUGCUUGGAAUUGCGAGAAGUCGUCUUCCUUCGCACACUUCCUCAUCACACUCACAUUGUCCCUGCCCUAGACAUUUUCCUCGACCCAUUGAGCAAGAAGUUGCACAUUUGCAUGGAGUACAUGGAUGGCAACCUGUACCAACUAAUGAAGGCACGGGACCACAAGUACCUCGAAGCAAAGCACGUAAAGAGCAUUCUUUAUCAAAUCAUGUCCGGCCUCGAACACAUUCACGCCCACAACUUCUUUCACCGCGAUAUCAAACCCGAAAACAUUCUCGUUUCGACGUCUGCGCCGAACGAUUCCUCUACCUUCAGCCGAUACUCCAACCUUGUCACUCCUCCCUCUACUCCUCCUACCUACACUGUCAAGAUUGCCGACUUUGGUCUCGCUCGCGAAACACAUUCGAAAUCUCCGUACACGACGUACGUCUCCACCCGGUGGUAUCGGGCUCCGGAGGUGCUGUUGCGUGCUGGAGAAUACUCAGCCCCUGUAGAUAUUUGGGCUGUGGGUGCUAUGGCCGUGGAGAUUGCUACGUUGAAGCCAUUGUUCCCUGGUGUGAAUGAGGUUGACCAAGUGUGGCGGAUUUGCGAGAUCAUGGGUAGCCCUGGUAACUGGUAUACCAAGUCUGGCGCAAAGGUUGGAGGUGGAGAAUGGCGUGAAGGUAACAAGCUUGCACAAAAGCUUGGAUUCACUUUUCCCAAGAUGGCCCCUCAUUCGAUGUCGAGCAUUCUGCAAGGCCCUCAUUGGCCACAGUCUUUGAGCAGCUUUGUGACUUGGUGCUUGAUGUGGGAUCCUCGCAACAGACCAACAUCCGCUCAAGCACUCAACCAUGAAUACUUUGCGGAUGCACUCGACCCAUUUAGGCCCAAGUCCUCGGCUUCUAGACUGCUUGGGCGCAAGGUGUCUGAAAAGAGUAUCAAGCCCACGACCACCGAGAAAACCACUGAAUUGCCCACGUUGUCUUCCAAGCCUUCGUGGUUCCGAAGAUCAUUGGUUUUGCGAUCUGACAGCCCUGCUCCCCUUCUAGAACCGGAACAACCUGCACGACCGCCAGCCGUUUCCUACAACACCGUGCCUGAGGCACAGGCAUCCAAGGGUCGCUCAGUCAAGCGAGCAACAUGGGCUAACGGUGCCCCGAUGCCAAUUUUGCCUUCUAUCAGGCCUGUCUCGCCUCUUUCAAACGCGGUUACUGCCCAAGCCAAUAGCAGCGUCGCUCACGGCAGUGAUCAGACCACGACAAUUCGGAUAGAAGAGAACGGAAAAUCUAAGAAAAUCGGUCGCCAAUUGUCUGUCAAUUCCAACGGCAACCAUUAUGCUGACAUUCAUAGACAAGAGGCAGAACGUGCUCUGAAUGGUCUUGCUGGUGGCACAAAUAUAUCGGCACAGAAGGAAAGCUUCUUUUCUCACCUCCGAAAACGUGCUAGAAGACUAUCGGGUCGCAACCAGGCACCUGCAGGCGUAUCAGCGGCUAACUACGACAUUGAAGCAAAUGCAGGUUGCUCACCGUGGCCAGCCCGCUCAUCGGUUGUCUUGGAUUCUGGCGUAAUUGACUCGAAGACGAGCGACUUUUCUGAUGUGGACAAGACCGUACAGGGUUUGAAAUAUCACAUGUCUGCGGCAGCCAAUCCUCCUCCUCAGAUGACGUCGAUCCCUAACCAGACCCCGUCCAAGAGGCAAUCUGUCCCACAAGUGCCCAUGCGGUCAAUGACCGAAAGCCCAACUCCCACUGUGGGCGGUCCGAUUUCUGGCCGAACGCGCAGAGCUUUGCAGAUGACAUCGCAUCCUGUUCAUCGCUAUGAAACACCAGAAGAGGAGGACGAGCUGUUGGAUGAAGUUCUUCAUUCAGCGGACAAAGCUGCCCGACGGCUUGCACAGCAUUACGAUUCAGAGUCCACUUCGUCAUUGUACAAGGAGGAUCAUCGUCUUUCUCAUUUAUUGAACGAGUCAACACGCACUCUGAACCCCUACCCGACGCCUUCUCCUUCGGCCAAACGCGAUGGUGUUUCGUUCGGUGAUAUGGAGAAUACACCAAUCAGACAAGGUGAUGUUUCCAAGAGAAGCGAAGACACCUCUAGCCGACAAUGGCCUACUCCGCCAUAUGGAGAGCAAGAAUGGGCUAGCUCUGUUGCCAAAAGCAUUCUGUCUGGUUCUACAUACCGAUAA